CAACAGGUAAUAGUUUUGUAUAAUUCUGUAUACUAUAUGCUUUUACUUAUUCGGAGAGAUCUUUGAUUUUGGAACAAGAUCUGAUCCUAUGAUCUAGCUUUAACAUUGCAUACAUUUAAAUAGUUUAGAAUAAUAAGCUGAUCAGAAACAUCUGAUAUGGUGAAAUCUCUCUUAUGACAUUACUCAUUCUUCCCCUUCCUCAACAGGUCCUAGAUAAGGAGUACUGGAAAUACAACAAAAGGAUGGAUUUUUGAUAUUUCUGUUUAUUUGUUUAUGUUUUUACUAAGUUAGGAAGGUUUCAGUUGAAUCAAUUUUUGUGUUUCUCAAGUAAACAUUACCUGAGAAAAAAUUAUCCUUCACACAAAAAGAAUGAGGCUUCCUCAACCAUUGACCUAAUACGCUCUACUGCAGGUACGUACCUAUUCACUCCUAUCUGUUUUUCAAUUUCUUUUGGCUGAUGAAACCUGAAAAUCAAUACCUAACUUGAUGACAUGAAAAACUUGUGAAUGCUGGUUUAGUCUAUAUAAGUGAAACUGAAAGAUAGAUUGUUGGCAGGAGUAAGUACUUCACUUUCUAACUGUUAGUAAGUAACAUAGCAAAGACCUUGAAAGCUGUUUUUUUCUUGUGUCAGUAGAAGAACGUUCUGUCAAUCACGGAGAUGGACAUGCAUAACAUUUUGAAGAUAGUAUUGAUUGUGGCAUUAUUCCUAGUGGUGCACCCAAGUGGAUCAAGAAGCCAAUGGGUGACUAACCAACCUAGUCCUCUCUGUCCUUCUCAAUUUGCACUUGUGAAUCAUGCAUGUUCGUUGCUUCCAUUUAAUCCGGUGUCUCCACCAUCCCCUUUUCUGCUAGUUUCCCCACCACCUCCUCCCGGCUCUUCAGAAAGAAGACACAGACGCAGGCAUGAUCAUCACCACGAGUACAAGGAAAGUUCUGCAGAAGAGAACUGCUGCAGGUGGAUGAAACAAGUCGACAACGAAUGUGUCUGUGAUCUCCUGGUUCGUUUGCCUCUGUUCCUGUCUAGGCCUGUCCACCAGUACACAAUCUUGGUUGAUCCAGGUUGCAAUAUUACGUUCGAGUGCGGUUCAAGGGGGGCGGAUAGUCAUAUGCUACCCCCUCACCCAUGA